AUGUUCUGCUUGUGUACAUUCCUCAUCCUGCUAGUUACAUUCGCAGACCACAGGACAGGUGCUGCAAGCACGACACGUGAUAGCUGCACCGGCGAGUGUACGAUGUACUACCUAUGCAAGGACAACAAGAUCGUGACGAACGGUGCCGGAGCGAUUGGUAUACGCGUCGGCGUCAACGAACCGGAAUGUUCUAACCCUAUGCAUGUUUGCUGUGAGAAAAGAUCUGAGCUCGAUGUUCCUUCACUAGCCGCUAGCGAACCAAGUGACAGUAAAUUUGUACUCGAUGUUCCUUCACCCGGCGCCAGCAAACCAAGUGACAGUAAUCCUGUGCUUAACGUUCCUUCACCAGACGCUAGCAAACCAAGUGACAGUAAACCUGUGCUUGACGUUUCUUCACCGGGCGCCAGCAAACCAAGUGACAGUGAACAAGAAAGCUGUGGUACUCGUAAUGACCAUAGCAUUGGUUUCGAUGCUACAAAUUUUCCAUGGUUGGUGAGCGUCUUCCAUGAGGAGCACGUCCCCGAUAGCUUUUACUACGCAUGUGGAGCCUCGUUGAUCACCCCGCAUGCGGUCCUAACAGCGGGUCACUGCGUGUUCAACAAACCGAAGGAGAAACUGUUGCUCCGUGCCGGCGAAUGGACCUCCCAGAAUAAAGAACUUCAGCAGUACCAGGAGCGCCGAGUGGCUGAGAUAAUGACAUAUGGAGAAUUCAAUGACCGCACAUUUUCUAAUAAUGUGGCCCUGCUGAACCUUACUGAACCGUUCCAGCGGACAGGAAACGUGCAACCGAUCUGCCUUCCUCCGAUACCGGCAUCGAUUGAUAAUUACCGAUGUUUCACCGUAGCUUUGGAUGAGCAGGUGUCCUAUAGGGAUGGCAGCCUGCACAUGAAUGUGAACAUGGUACAGAUUCCGGUAGUGCUCUAUGAUUUCUGCAGACAUUCGAGCCCAGGGCCGUCAAGCUAUCUGUGUGCUAAUGGCGCUCUUGGACCAAAUCGUUGCCGUACCGAUGCUGGCACGCCACUCGUGUGUCCUAUGCCCGGCUCGCCAAACCAGUACUAUCAGGUGGGCAUUGUUUCUUCCGGCGUCGGGUGCGGUAUGUACAGUGUUCCCAGUGUGUUCGGCAAUGUGGCGUCGUUCCGCUACUGGCUCGAGCAGGCGUUGUAUGAGCUGGACCCCAAACCCAAAACGAAAGGAAUGUUCCGUUAUUUUUAA